GGAGUAAAGUAGUGCGUGAAGAGCGGUGCAAAAGCACGCUCCGGUUAGAGGUUCUCUUCAAAUGAAUAUGUUUAGAGACGGUUCACGUAACGGCCAAUUUUUGCGUAUUUUCGCGGAAUAGAAGGGUUUUACGGAUACCAUUUAAUAAUGUCACUCAAUGGCAAAAUAGGUGACGAUCAGCCGAAAUCAACAACAAUAGUCAAAUAUGAGAAAUCUUCCUGUCUAUUCUGCAAUGAAUGGUUUGACGCCCAAACUUUUACGGAGCACCUCAUUCACUGUGGCCAGGUGCUUGAAGAAUGCCCGAAUAGUUGUAAUGUGUUCAUACCACGAAUCCGGAUGCGAUCCCAUCUAAAGGAGUGUCCACGCAGCAAGCACCAACAAAUGCAGCGUCUGAGUGUCAGCAUGGAACGAUUGGAUCAGCAUGCGGAUCAUCGUGUGCAGGUCCUCGAACAGGACAUUGCCACAAUACGUUCAGUGCUCAACGAGGAAAUCCGACAGCGUUUGCACCUUAUCACGGAUGUGGGCAACAUACGCAAACACAAUCAAGUGGUCGAGGAUUGGACACGGGACACAGACGAAGUCAUUGUGGAACUGCGUCGCCAGCUCCAGGAUGAGGGUGCACAGCGUUCCUUUGCCGCUGAACAAAAUCAAGUGGACUUUCAGUACUGUAGCAACAUUACACACUCCUUGAAAGAGCAAGUGGAAAUGAAAAUGAAUGAUGUGCAGCAGCAUAUGAAUCAAGUGUCCUCUGAGGUGACUUUCUAUCAAAACCAGCUGAAUGACAAUAUUCUCAAAUUGGAGGAAAUUGUUUUCGAAAAUGAAAGAUCGAAUCGUGAUAAAUUUGUACAGAUCGAACAGUUUCUGCAAGAAAUCAAUGAGGAUAUCAAAACCAAGUUGAGUACCAGCGACUUUGGCCCCUCGAAGCAAGCAACUUUGGAUUACGAAGUUAAAAAUGUGAAGAGCAUUAUCUGCGAAACUGAGGAUCGCUGCGAUAAGCUGCACAACAUGGUACAAGAUCUGGACAAGGCGCUCCAUCAAACAAUGCAAAGCAUUUCGGAUAUUGAGAACCAACUGGCCAUGCAACAACGUAUCGCCAGUGUUCAGAAUAUCAGAGGUCACUUAAUUUGGCGCAUCAAGGACUACUCUAAGAAAUUGGAGGAGGCAAAACAAUACGAUACAAUCUUGCAUAGUGCCAUGUUCUCAAACAAGGCUUUUGGUUAUGCGCUGCGCCUGGACAUAUAUCUGAAUGGCAAGGGCACCUGGAAGGGUCGUAACUUGAUUGCAUGUCUGAAUGUGCUAUCUGGCGAAUAUGAUCCACUUCUGACUUGGCCAUGUCGCCUGCAGGCCGAAAUCAUAAUACGCGAUCAGAGUGGCGCCCUAGAGGUACAGGAUUAUGUGAAAACGAUCUUUGUGCGUAAGAAAAGCGAUGAUUACAUACAAAGCAAUCAAUAUUUCCAUAUACCGCACAAAGUUAUAACCAGUCGCAACUAUCUACGCAACGACUCACUGUUUGUCGAGGUGCGAGUCUUGAAGUGAUGCAAUUCACCUAUUGUUCAGAUACUAGCCAAAAGCUAAGUAGCUGAUAGGCAGCUAAGCAAUAGAAGUUUUUGUCGAAUUUAUACAGCUUAAUGCUUCAAUCCUGAUUUAACUGUGGAAAGUUCGUUAAGGUCGUGUUACAAUAAUAUAUAUGUAAUUUCAAUAUUUCAUUGACCCGAAGAAUUAAACAAUGUGAAUUUCCACAGAAACAUACGCAUUCGUGCAUUCACAAGACAUCUAUCUAUAUAUGUAUACAAAAAGAAAACGGCAUUCAUUUACUGAUAAUGCGCCUUUAAUAAAAUACAAAAAUACAAAUACAUAUAUAUAUAUAUAUUUAAAAUACAAACUGUAUA